GCUCAGAGGUCUGACGCAGUGUGCAGCUGCUGCCUCACUUCCACUCCCCGCUCCCCGGAGGACGCAGGGCGGCUCUGGAAGCCAUCGAACAGCGCGCUCCUCCCGGACAGCCGGAGCCCGAGGGCGGCUUCAGCGCACAGCGAUGCCGGCUGCGACGGUCCGACAGCAGGCGGAGCGCGGGCCUCAGGUCCGGGCUUGAAGCUGGAGAAUUGGCGUUAUUGUUUGCUGUGUGGCGCAGGAGAGGAGGAUGUCUCCGCAGCCACUCCUCCCAUUUCUUCCACACUUGUUUAUUACCCGAAACCAAGAGGCUGAUUUCUGCCUUCUGACUCUGGGUUUGUUGGUCGGAGAAACUUGGUCCACCAUGCUGCCUGCUCAGGAACCAUGAGAACUCUCAAUGAAAACAACCAGGAGGAGGAGGAGGAGGAGGAGGAGGAGGAGAAUGGGGGCUCUGGGUGCAGCGCCAUGGAGGAAAAGGAGAACAAUCUGAGAACUGCCCGGCUGUGGAGGGAUGCCGCGCUGCGCUCCAGGAAGCUGCGCAGCGACCUCCGCCAGCUCACCCUCUGCUCCAAGAACAACCAGAUCAUCCUACCUGACAACAUAUCCGACGUAGAGGUGCUCAACCUGGGGAACAACUGCCUCCAGGAGCUACCGGACGACCUGCAGUCCACCUUCAACAACCUGCGCAUCCUCAUCCUCCGCAGGAACAGGUUCACUGCUGUGCCCAGGGUGGCGCUGGAGAUGGGCCAGCUGGUGGAGCUCGACAUGAGCCACAACUGUCUGCGAGGCCUUCCUGAUGGUGUAGGGCAGCUGAGGGGCCUGAAGAAGCUGUGCAUCAGUCACAACAAACUCCAGAACCUCCCAGCUCAGAUUGGACUUCUUCAGUCUUUGGAGGAGCUGGAAAUCAGCUUCAACGACCUGCAUGACUUCCCCAGGUCCUUCAGCAGCCUUGGCAAGCUGCGAACUCUGGAUGCAGAUCACAACAAGCUGAACCAGUUCCCCGCUGAGAUCCUGAGCCUGGGUGAGCUGGAGGAGCUGGACCUCUCAGGGAACAAGUUUCAGGCUUUGCCAGCGGACAUUAUGAGGCUGAAGUCCAUCAAGAUCCUGUGGCUGAGUAGCCUGCACAUAUCCUCCUUACCCGACACUUUCUGUCACCUGCACAACUUGGAGAGCGUAAUGCUGGAUGGAAACAACCUCACAGUGCUGCCUUCAUCAUUUGCUCAGCUUAAGAGACUGAAAAUGAUUAAUUUGUCCUCCAACGAGUUUAAGGACUUUCCACAGGCUAUCAUCCACAUCACGGGAUUAGAGGAACUCUACCUGAGCAGGAAUAAAUUGACUCAUAUUCCAGAGGAAAUCUCUCAGCUGGUGAAGCUGGUAAACCUCUGGCUGGACAACAACAGCAUCACUCAUCUCCCCGAUUCCAUCGUGGAGCUGGAGAAGUUAGAGGAGCUCGUCCUACAGGGUAACCAAAUAGCCAUUCUACCUGAUCACUUUGGGAAGCUGUCCAGGGUUAACAUCUGGAAGGUGAAAGAUAAUCCUCUCAUUCAGCCUCCAUAUGAGGUGUGCAUGAAGGGCAUCCCUUACAUCGCCAUCUAUCAGAAGGAGCUUGCGCAGUCUCAGGUUGCGGUGAAGCCGUGGCUGAAACUGGUCCUGAUGGGGGCGAAAAAUGCUGGGAAAAGCCAGCUGAGGCAAAGCUUGGUAGGAAGUGAGACGGACAUCAGGGGAAGCCAGGCAAAGAAAGGAAUCGAAGUCACCAACUGGGUGGCGGACUUUGAGCGCCAUCUAACAUUCUUGGUGUACGACCUGUCAGGGAACCUAAACUAUGACCUCAUCAAACCCUUCUUCCUCUCCCCCGGUGCUCUCUAUCUUCUCGUCGUCAACCUUAAAGCUUAUUCACCCCAGAACUUUUAUGCCAGCGUGGGGUAUUUCCUUCACCUGCUGUGUGCUAAGGUCCCCCACGCGGUGGUGUGUUUGGUUGGCACGCAUGCAGACCUGUGUGGAGAGAGGGAGGUGGAGGAGAAAGCUCUGGACAUACACAGACAGAUCGGCUUGCAGGAGAUGAGUGACAUCCACUGCCUGAGGAGCCUGGUUCAGCAGGUGGACCUCUCUCUGGAGCAAGGCCACAAAGUCCGUACCUCUAGUCCACAUGUCCUCUUCUACGGCGUGAGCGACAGAAACCUGAGGCGCAGGAAAGCCCAGCUGCAGUACAUGCUGAACCAGCGGCUGCAGAUCCUGUCCCCGGUUCUCUGCGUCAGCUGCACAGAGACCCAGAAGAACAUCCAGAGACUGAGGGAGAAGCUCAUGUCCGUUGCGGACCACCGGGAGAUCUUCCCCAACCUUCACCGCGUGCUGCCAAAGUCCUGGCAGAUGCUGGAGGAGUUGCACUUUAAGUCCAAAGAUCUGUGGCUCUCAUGGCGGAGCUCCGCCCGCCUGGGCCUCCAGGCCGGACUGACGGAGGACCGACUGCAGAGCGCCUUGUCCUACCUGCACGAGAGCGGGAAACUGCUCUACUUUGAGGACAGCAUCACACUGAAGGAGUAUGUGUUCCACAAUCUUCCACGUUUUAUUGCAAUCCUUAAUGUCUUCUUUCAGAGGGACAAGUCCACUCUUUUGGACCGGCUGCUUUCUGAGGGGGAAAGGGGGGACAAAGGCAGAGUGAGUCUGGUUAUUGAGGAUGAGAAGGGAGAGAACCUCAGGGUCACCCAUCUUCAGCAACACCUGGAGGGCUUCCUCCAUGACGGGCUCUUGCCUUCCAACGUCAUCCGCCUGCUCCUUCGACCGCACAUCCAGACACAGCAGGACCUCCACCUAAUCAUGGAGCUCAUGGAGAAGAUGGGGAUCUGCUACUGCAUCAACAAGCAGCGCGCCAAGCCACUGAACGGAGCCACGGUGUGGUACAAGUUUCCCAGCUACGUCAGCAGCGAGGAGGCCCGGUUGGAGGACUCCACCGGAGGAAACUCUCUGCCUAUUAGCCCCUUGUUUUCAGUGGAGCAGCUUUACAUCCAAUACAACUUCCCCUUCCUGUUUCCUCCUGGACUCUUCGCACGCUUCAGUGUGCAGAUCAACCAUCACGUGGUGCAGCGGUCAGACGGCAAGUCGCAGAUAUUUGCCCAUCGGGGUAAAGUUCCGGUGGUGAUCAGCUACCAGCCCUCCAAGGGGAAACUCUCCACUGACACACUGUCCAUCGCCAGCCAAGCAUCACUGCCUAACAUCUGGACUGCUUGGCAGGCCGUGACUCCGCUGCUGGAGGAGCUGAACAUGCUCCUGCAGGAGUGGCCUGGCCUGCACUACUCAGUGCAUAUUCUCUGUUCCAAGUGCCUGAAGAGAGGGUCGUCCAACCCGCACGCCUUUCCUGGUGAGCUGCUGAGCCAGCCACGGCCCCAGGAUCUGACUGAGAUCAUCUGUCCAAAGAACGGCUCAGAGCGGGUCGACGUGGCUCUGGUUUACCCCCCCACUCCCACAGCUACAAGCCCCAAGUGACUCCGCCCCCUCCCCCCCCGGCCUGACGUCUCCCACUCUGCCUGCUUCUUGUCUCACUGCGCCACUGGAGACCCCCCCAACUCUUCUGCCAUCCACCUUCUGCCGCUCCCCCACCUGUUGCUUGAACUGGGAGCUCAUCCAGGUCUCUCUCUGCGUCGCGGCGGUGCAGACUGUGAGGAGCUGCCCAGCAGAAACAAAUCAGCCUUCUGUAGCAUCCAAACCCACCACUGACUGCGGGAGGAAACCCAGUCUGUUCUCCAGGGUUCUGGUUCAUCGCUCUGCUCAUUUAAGCCCUGGGAAGCCCUGACCGAGCCCCCCAUGUAGUGGGGCUGCAGCUCCGUGGUUCUGUUCAGUGCAGACCCCUGGAUCCCCGUGGUUUGGAACUGGUUUCUAAAUGUCAUUUUAGAUUCCAGGCCAGCAGGUGGAGCCAAAGAUCAGAAAGCUUUCAUGUAAACAGGAGAGAAGACUGUCAGAUCUGAACCACUGAUCUCUAUUUAUUCCCUAAUCGUUGGUACUACGGGGUUGAAGUGAAGCCACCGGCCGCCAUAUUGGUACUCCCUAGAUAGACCAGUCUCAAUUUAAACAAUCAGUGCUACAGCAUCAAACAAUGAUGAUGUUCUAAUUUUUAGGGGGGCUUAAGAUUCUUAAAAUAAAGAUAAAUUAAUCACUUUUGACAGACUGGCUGUUUCAUAACAUCAGUGGAUUAACUUUAACUUAUGAUAAACAAAGAGGCUCAUCAAAUUAAAUAGUCAUUAUGACGUCAAUGAAGUCUAUAAAUCAUUAAUAUAACAUAUUAUACAAACCAUCACAAUAAAAUGAAUGUGUUAAUGGAGCAGAAUAAUACAGAUGAGCCAAAAGAGCUAAAUGUUCAUGUAACAUACAUGGAUUUACUACAUUUUUAUGGUAAUUACAUUUUUUGAUUUUAAGAUUAACAUAAAGACUGAAUGAAGUUCAUGUCUGUUAAUGCUUUAGUGUUUUCCUAUUUGCAGAUUGUGCAUGAAUGAUUCCAUCUCUGCAUCAGCCUUUAGAAAUGUUUCCGUUGCUUUUUCUCCAUCAGUAUAACCUGCAAUAUAUUUCAUGACUUUUUCAAAUGAGAAAUACAACAAACUCUAUAAAAACUACAGCAUCAUCCACUGAAUAAAGAGUUAAUACAUUAACAUUUCAGUGAAUGACUUUCUAUUUCCUCUACUUCCUAUUUUCUAACCUUAGACCCAAUGUCAGUGUCUAACUCAGUCAAUGUCUUCCAGUCAGUCAGAGAUAGCCAGCCUAAUGUUAGUCUGCAGACUAAACUAUAGGAUCCAUCGGCUAUAGAUGGAUUUAUUGCUUAGUUCAUCCACUGACUGGGAAAUUACCAGUGGAACGUCUUCCUGCAGCCAGAAAACUGCUGGUUUCUGCAGCCAAAAUGCUGCAGGGAGGCAUUUUCACUGUGCGGCUCCAUGGGAGCGGGGAGUACCGAUAUGGCGGCCGGUGGCUUCGCUUUGUUUUCGGGCUACUAGCAAAACAAUGAAUGAAUAGAGAUCAGUGUUCUGACCACCUUCAGCUGGUUCUUGAAGAACCUUUGAGGUGAGGUUCUAUUAAAUGCUUAUGAGCAGAACGUUCUCAUUAUGCUGAUUUUCUAAAGAAGUGGGAAGUUCCUCAUGAUGCUGUGAUAUUUAGCUCAGCACUCACUGAUCUGCUGCACUGGUUGAUCCUGCUUCCUCCGGGAAGGAGGCCUGGUUCUGCUUCUAUGGUGGAGAUGCACCACAAAGCCCAAAGUUCAGAGGCGAUUCCUGAUUUAGUGCUUGGGCCAAACAUCCGUCUGCAGUCCUGACAUGUCAGCCAUGUUGAUGGAUGGAUGUGGAGCGAGAUGAGCUCCACUCUCCAUCCAGGUCUCCUGUGGAUCGGGCCCGCCGCAGCUCCAGGUUCUAAAUGGACGUUCAUUGGAAAAAGAGCUCAGAGCAUCAAUCAGUCUGCUAACGAUCUGCACAGCUUAAUUAGAGGUUCUGGGUUACAGAACCGUACAGAACCCUGUAGAUGUUUCAGCUGGAACUGAACUUUUUUCAGGAACUUUGUACCCUUGAUCUUUAUUUUCCACGUUACCAGUUGGUGAGUCUGGGUUUCCUGCAGGGAUCGGAUGUUUAAUGGACGCAUUGAAGGAGAUGUUGCUCUGGGUCACCGGAUCCGCUCCAAAUGUCCCGUUUAUCAAUAAUUAAUUCAUUAAUCAUACAAAUGAGUCAAAGAUGCAAACUGUUUAAUUUAAAAACGAUGAUUUGAAUUUGAUUCAUUAUUCAGGCUGAUGUCUGCAAAGUUUCAUUUCUGUUAAACGUUCAAAAUCAGAAUAUCACUUCAGACCAAUUUAAAGCAUUUUGAUACAGAAAUUCAGGCUUAAUGAAAAUAUUUCAUGUCUGAUUUUUAAAAGUCAAAUUUAUUCUGAAUAAUGGGCCUCGUUUUCUAAGCUCCUCCUAAACCGGUGGAUCAUCCAGCUGAAGGAACCAGGAUCAGAACUCAGAGCUGAACAGAGAUCCAGAAAGAUUCACAGCAUAAACCUGGAAGCUUCCUGAACACCAUGGGGUGCAGACCUCUGGGGAUCCAGACUGCUGGAGGUCCCAGGAGGCCGCUGGUGCUCAGAUCCGGUUGUUUCUCCACUGCCUCCUCUGGCUGCGUCCAGAACACGGCCUGUGCUGUGGAAGGAUGAGCGCUGGGUGUUUCCUCGCCCUAAAGAACUUUUUGAACUAAAGUCUGUUUUCUGUCCUGUAAAUAAUAUCUUUAUUUUUCUACGUAGACACACGGUGUCCAGCUGUAGCGUAUUUACAGUGUAAUGCUGUGCAUGAAUCUAUGGGAGCACACAGGGUUUUCUAUGUAGCUGGUUUCAACAUGAUCACCAAAUAAAUCCAUACUGGCUUUAA